AUGUUUUUAAAACACAUCGACCUGACUACCGCGCUGCGGCCUUCCUACCUACCAGAUGAGGUGCUGUUGUUCGUGCAAGACAACGUCGGCCUCUACGAGGGCAAAUACAAGCUUCCGAACCAGCAGAACGGCCAGGUCUACCUGACUUCACAUCGAAUAUGCUACGUCGACAAGCUCGAGCCUCGCGCCAACUCGGUUGCGCUGGAGCUCAAGGAGGUUGACCGAUACGAGUUCUACGCCGGCUUCCUCAAGUCCUCACCCAAGGUGACCAUCGUCCCGAAGCCGUCUAAGCGCUCAUCACUUCAUGGGCGGGCUUUAUCCAACGCGGCCUCGCCGUCAAGGACGGACUCUGCGUCACCGGCACGCAGAGACAGCGCGUAUCGGCCACCGACGGAGCCGCCUCCUAUCACGACGGCAACAUGGGUUUGCACCAUCUGCAGCUUCUCGAACCCGAUCCCAGUGAACUUUGACCCGCAAGCCGCCAAUGCCCAUACACCGCUGCCGCCGUGCCUGGCAUGCGGCAUCAAGCCCACGCUCUCACAUGUUCUGAAGGCGGCCAUCACCAACGCCAGCAACCGGCCAACGCCUGCGCCCCCAGCCCAGGGCUCGCCCAGCCUUGCACUGCGACCCAUGUCCACGGACAGCGUCUUGCAGCCGACGCCAAGCAACAGUCUCCCGUCAAUAAUGGAAGGCAGCGCAAGACCCAGUGCAGAAUCCGGUGCCUCGUUUCAGUGCCCGCGGUGUACCUUUUCAAACCACCCGUCUCUCCUGGCCUGCGAGAUGUGCGGAGCAUCUCUGGUAUCCCGAAAUGUCUCCACCCUUCCCUCGGGGCAGCCCGUUGAUGAGAUAAGAACACAGUCUCCCGGACCGGUUCUAGAUUCGAAAAGCAGGAAUGGGCGGGGAGGCAUUGACGUUUCCGACAGUGUCAAGAUUUCCUUCCGGGGCGGUGGCGAAAAGAUAUUUCACGAGCGGCUCAAAGGUGCCAUGACACAGCGCAAAUGGCUACUUCAAAACGCGCCGCCAGCGCCGCGGGGUGGCCGCAUCAUAGACGAGCCUCUCAGCAACGGGUCAGCCCACGGACAAUCCAGCCCCAGGACGAAGACGGCUGGCAUCGCGGGCCUGGAGCAGCUUGGACUCAACAUGCGUAAGAACAACGAGCUGCUCAUUGGCAGCGCAUUCGAGGAUCUGGAAGCACUGAUGGCCUCUGCCAAGGAGGUGAUCGCCUUGGCGGAGCGGUUUGCCCGGCAGAGCGGUGCAAAUGGCGGCGUGUCUGCCGAGGAAAACGCCAUCUUGGCCGAGUCCGCAAGCCAACUCGGCUUGGUGACGACAAAGGACAUCGUCGGAGGCGGCAGCUCGGAGUCGCUGUACCUGUCUGAGCUGGCUCGCAACAUGGCCGAGUUCCUAGCCGAUGACUCGAGAGGCGUCCUGAAGAAGGCGGGCGGCAUCAUCACGCUCGUCGACUUGUGGGCCAUGUUCAACCGGGCGCGGGGCGGCGUCGAGCUCGUCAGCCCCAUGGACUUCGAGAAGGCCGCCCGCCUGUGGGAGAGCCUCAAGCUGCCCGUCCGACUGCGCACCUUUCGCAGCGGCGUCAUGGUGGUGCAGGGCCGCGACCGUACCGACCAGACGACCAUCCGGGCGCUGCUGUCCUGGUUGCAGGAUCUGCACGAAUUCCCGCCCGAACGCGACGUGCCGUGGGAGUGGCGCGAGUUCGGGCGCGGCGUCACGGCGCAGGAGACGGCCGAGCGUUUCGGGUGGAGCAUCGGCGUCGCCGAGGAGGAGCUGCUCAUGGCGGAGGAGCACGGCGCGCUGUGCCGCGAGGAGGGCAUCGAGGGGCUCAAGUUUUGGAAGAAUUACAUCGACACGGGGGACGUGCGACCGCCCAAGAGCCACCAGCAGAUGGAGGCCGAGGCCGUUAUACGGUCGCUCAAGGACAGCGGCUUCAUAUAG